AUGAUUUCAUUUUUGAGAACAAAGUUAUUACUAGCUUCACCACUGCAUAAACCACCGAUCUUUACAGUCAUGGACUCUUAUGGAUCACAAAGACUUGUGGCUUUAGCCCAACAGCUUCGCUUCUACAAACCAUCCUCCCCAUCACCAGAUGAAACUGAAGAACAAAACAUAGAGGUGGGUUUUCAAGAAUCUGCAACCUCAAUCGGUAAAGACCCUGAAAGGUUUAGACCCAAAAAAGCUGCUGUUUUGGUCUGCAUUUUUGAAGGUGAUGCUGGUGAAGUUUCAUUACCUGGGGGGAAAGCAGAGGAGAGUGAUAAGGAUGAUUUUGAUACAGCAACAAGGGAAGCGAAGGAAGAAAUCGGGUUGGAUCCCUCACUUGUGAAUGUUGUUACUGUUCUUGAACCAUUUUUGUCUAAGCACCUCCUGAGAGUAAUUCCCGUUAUAGGCAUUCUCACUGAUAAAAAGGCAUUCAAGUCCACUCCAAAUCCUGCUGAAGUGGAAGCAGUAUUUGAUGCUCCCUUGGAAAUGUUCAUUAAGGAUGAAAAUCGACGAGUAGAGGAGAGAGAAUGGAUGGGAGAAAAGUAUCUGAUUCAUUUCUUUGACUAUGAAACGGGGAAUAAAAAGUACUUGAUAUGGGGUUUAACUGCUGGGGUUUUGAUUAAAGCUGCUUCAGUGGUCUACCAACGGCCACCAGCUUUUGUGGAGCAGAAUCCAAGGUUCAAGUUUCCUGAAGGUGCAAACAAUGACACGGUGAUGCGUUGA